AUGUUUCCGGAUUUUGUCCAAGAAUUUGGAGAAUUUAGUUCGGACGUUGGAAACGGUGAUGCGAAUCAACAGACGACUCAAGAAGACAUUUCUAUUGUGAAAGAGGAAAUCAUCUUUGAAAUUGGUGAAUUGUAUAAAAGUAUGAUAAUCGAUUUCAAAUAUCACCCUGUCACAGGCAUCUCUAAUCGCCCACAGCUAAUGCGUAAGACAUUUUGGUCCACUUUCGAUAUGGCAAGAAAUCUGACCUUGUUAAGUAAAAGAUUAUACCCCGAGGAACUCGACGACACGUUUACCACAAUUCAAUUACUCUGCACUUCUUUGUUAAAGAGUUGGCUGGCGGAGGGUACAGGAUUAGAAAGCUUCGAUGGGGAAACACUUGUGAACGACAAAAUAUAUGACUUUUAUAAAGACGAGAAUAUUGUUGAAGCCAGGAAGUUGGGUGUCAUUAUUGCAAACUUUCAAAGGCGUCUUAAAGAACUUCUCAAGCUGUGGCCAGAACAUGCAAUUCUUCAACAACUCCACAGCAUUUGUGAUAGGAUCAACGGAUUCAAAUUAAAUUCGCCAAUCGCGAAAUUACUCACUGGAUUGGAACUCUUGUUGCAAAAGUCUGAGGAUUGGGAAUCCUACGCUAGUCGAGAUGUGUCUAUGAAACCCAAUCGAGAAGAAGUGACCAACCUCAUUAUUUGUUGGCGUCAACUCGAACUAACCUGCUGGCCAAAAUUAUUAGCAGCCCAAGAUAAAUAUUACAAGAAAUCCGCUUUGAAGUGGUGGUUCCACCUUUACGGAUGCAUAAUUCGUCCCGUGCACGAAAUUAGUCGUCGGUACGCUGAUGGCGAUGCACCUCCGGUAUUCAAAGAUCAUAUCACUGAAAUUGUCAAAAGCCUAGAUCAAUUUGUGCAAUCAUCGAAUUUUGGAGAAUUCGAAUCGAGACUAGAAUUGAUUCGCAUUUUCUACAUGCACCUUUGCAAUUACUCUCCUACACACGGUUCUCUUUACAAUCAAGCUGCUGAUGCGCUGUGGAACGUUUACAAAUAUUACCUGCAAUUUCGAGAUGAGCUCCGAAACUCUCUGGGAAACCUGCGCAAACCUAUCGAAGAAGAACUCCAUCAAUUCGUCAAGAUUGCUAGUUGGAAAGACGUAAACAUCCAUACGCUCAAACAAAGCGCACAAAAAACACAUCGGCAUUUGUCCAAAUGUAUCCGUAAAUAUAAGGAAAUACUUGAUAGGCCGAUUACCGAUAUCAUGGCAAUGUCUCAAAACAAUUGUUUGAUCAUUCGAGAGAAAGGACAAGAGUACGACGUUGACGAGGGCUCAAAACUAUUUUCUUCACCGGAAAAAUGGCUUUCGAAUAUUUUACCCAUCGAGCAUCCGGAGGAAACCUCGGAGUUACAGCGGGCACUGAGUGAACACGUUUUGCCAACUCCAAACCGAUUCGUAAACAUUAAUGCCACCUUACGAAAAUUCCGAUCCUAUUGUUAUAAUGAUAUUUUCGGUAGAAAUUCUACGCGUAAUUUUUGUACCGAUGAUUUUGCGACGGAAAUUAUUCUCGGGAUAAAGGCACUUCAAGACGAAACCAAUCCUGCGAUGAGCAAGGAAAGCAAGGGAUCUUUAAAGAAUCUUAAACUGAUCAAGAAAAAGUCCUUGAUUGAUCUACUAAAGGAGUUGAAGCGGAUCGGAUUACACGCGUUUCCAAACCGAAAGGCGAUAGAGAAACAACAAGAUCUAGUCGGAUAUAUUUUGCAACUCCCAAGAUUACAAUCUUUAACUGAAACUUUAACAACGUUGGUUUUUAAAUAUCAUUCAAAUUGCCAACUUCCGGUAGGAAAGGAUUCCUUUUUAAUUAGCGAAAAGGUCGAUGAUUACUACUACCGGAUCAUAGCAAGAAUCAAUUAUCUUCGUCUUGCGUCAGCCAACUACUCCAAAGACUUAUCGCCUCAAGAAGUGCGUAAAGCACUUGGCUUCACCGAAGAUUUAUUAUCCCUGAUUGUGCAAGAACGCAGAUGGUUGGUGGAGUUUGAGGUGCAGUACAGACAACUUUCGGGAAUAAUGGUUCAAUUAG